AUUCUCUCUCCUCUAUCUUCAUAAUCCAACAGAUCCAUCAUUUCUUCUCUUCCAAUCGCAUUCACAAUCUCUCUUACAUAUAUAAACUCUCUCCCUUUUUAUACCCCAACUUACAAAUUCUCACUUCAAUCUCUUCCCGCUCUCUCCAAACACACACUUCUUCAUUCAAAUCCCUUCAAUUCAACUCCAAUUUCUCUCAGAUCCAUCAAAAAAAUCAUACAAAAAACAUCCAAAACAAAAAAAAAUUCUUAAUUUUCACUUUUAAGAAUAGCUUAUACAAAUUAAGAGUGAAUAGGAGCUUAUGGCUGACCAAGGAUUGGAAGGGAGCCAACCUGUGGAUUUAUCAAAGCACCCUUCUGGAAUUGUGCCUACUCUUCAAAAUAUUGUGUCAACUGUCAAUUUGGACUGUAAGUUGGAGCUGAAAUCAAUUGCGCUUCAAGCUCGUAAUGCAGAGUACAAUCCCAAGCGUUUUGCUGCUGUGAUUAUGAGGAUCCGGGAACCAAAAACAACAGCACUUAUUUUUGCAUCUGGCAAGAUGGUCUGUACUGGAGCUAAGAGUGAGGUGCAAUCAAAAUUGGCAGCAAGGAAGUAUGCUAGAAUUAUCCAGAAACUGGGUUUCCCCGCUAAGUUUAAGGAUUUUAAGAUUCAGAACAUUGUCGGCUCUUGUGAUGUCAAGUUCCCCAUACGACUCGAGGGUCUUGCAUAUUCCCAUGGUGCUUUCUCAAGUUAUGAACCAGAGUUGUUUCCAGGACUAAUCUAUCGAAUGAAGCAACCCAAGAUAGUAUUGCUUAUAUUCGUAUCUGGGAAAAUUGUUCUGACAGGAGCCAAGGUGAGAGAUGAGACUUACACAGCCUUUGAGAACAUAUAUCCAGUGCUUACUGAAUUCAGGAAAAACCAACAAUGAUUACCGUCAUGAGCAAGAACAAGGUUUUCUGGCAGAGAAGAACGUGGACUGUAGGCUUGAUUGAGCUGUAAAUAUUGAGACAGAAGAUAUUUGGAAUGAGAUAAACUAAGCUGAUUUUGUUCUGCUUGUGAUGGAUCUUGAUUUAGUAUAGUGAAAAAAAAUUGUGUAUUGAGUUCGAAAUUUUCAGAAAAUAUAUUUUAAAGAGGCUGAAAAGGAAGAAAAAAAUGUAGAAGAACUUAAUGAUAAAUUGUUGAGUCCUUUUACUCCUGUUGGCUACCUUAAUUUUAAGUAGGAUUCUUAAAUUUCAUCUAUAGCAUCAAUAAAUUUGUUAUAUAACUGUUGAAUA